AUGUCUAGGCUCGGAGGGACUCAGGUUCUGGCCACAGCACAGGUGAAGAGGACGGCCGCUGAUCACACAGCGGUGUUAAACUUUAGUGCUGCAAAGCGCAGCAAGCUAUCCGCCGUUGCGGUCACGGAGAUCAACGAAACUGAAAACAUGACGGAUACAGCUGCGGCCACAACUGAUACUCAAAAGCGAGCCAAUUUCUCAGCGUUAACCGUUGGGAAUCCAAACGGCGUCAACAAGAUUUCGCCGAGUUUGGCAAGUGCAAAACCAGGCACAGCUAGGAAGCUCGUCAUCAAAAAUUUCAAAAAUAAACCAAAAUUGCCAGAAAAUUAUCAAGAACAGACAUGGGAGAAGUUGCAAGAAGCUGUAAUUGCAAUACAGACCAGUAAAAGUAUUCGUUAUUCAUUAGAAGAACUUUAUCAAGCAGUUGAAAAUAUGUGUAAUCAUAAAAUGGCAUCUACAUUAUAUACAAAAUUGACCAGGCUAACAGAAGCUCAUGUACAAGCUAACAUAGAACAGUUCUUAGCAGAAUCAAUGGAUAGGCAUAUAUUCUUGAAAAAAAUGAAUGAAUGUUGGCAGUCACAUUGCAGACAAAUGAUUAUGAUUAGAAGUAUUUUUCUAUAUUUGGAUAGAACAUAUGUAUUACAGAAUCCAAGUAUUUUAUCCAUUUGGGACAUGGGAUUACAUUUAUUUAGAGUGUACAUUGUUCUAAAUAAUUUAGUUCAAACACGUACAGUGGAAGGAUUACUUAUGCUCAUAGAAAAAGAACGUCAGGGUGAUACAGUAGACAGAACGCUUCUUAAAUCAUUAUUAAGAAUGUUAUCAGAUCUACAAAUCUACCAAGAUGCCUUUGAAUCCAAAUUUUUGGUAGCUACAGAAAGAUUAUAUGCUGCCGAAGGUCAGCGAUUAAUGAACGAACACGAUGUUCCUGAGUACUUAGCACACGUAGACAAACGUCUUCAGGAAGAAAAUGAACGUUUAUUACAUUAUCUUGAUGCAUCUACAAAGUGGUCGUUAAUACAUACGGUAGAGAAACAGUUGUUAUCUGAACAUAUUACUAGCAUUUUACAAAAGGGAUUGAGUGGUUUAUUGGAUGAAAAUAGAAUUAGUGAUUUAUCUUUACUUUAUAAUUUAUAUAGUCGUGUAAAAUGUGGUCUCAUAGAACUUUGUCAGAAUUUCAAUUCUUAUAUAAAGAAAAAGGGUAAAACUAUAGUCAUAGAUCCAGAGAAAGAUAAAACAAUGGUUCAAGAACUUCUAGAUUUCAAAGAUAAAAUGGACAAUAUAGUAAAUACGUGCUUUCAUAAAAACGAGAAAUUUGCUAAUAGUUUAAAAGAAGCUUUUGAAGCCUUUAUUAACCAACGAGCAAAUAAACCAGCGGAAUUAAUUGCAAAGUUUGUUGAUUGCAAAUUGCGGGCUGGUAACAAGGAAGCAACAGAAGAAGAAUUAGAAAGAUUAUUAGAUAAAAUCAUGGUAUUAUUUCGAUUUAUCCACGGCAAGGAUGUAUUUGAAGCAUUUUAUAAAAAAGAUUUGGCUAAGCGUUUGUUAGUUGGUAAAUCAGCUUCCGUUGACGCUGAAAAAUCCAUGUUAUCGAAAUUGAAACAAGAAUGCGGUGGUGGUUUCACUAGUAAAUUGGAAGGAAUGUUCAAAGAUAUGGAACUUAGCAAAGACAUUAAUAUUGCUUUUAAACAGUAUGCUGGAAAUUUGCAAAGCGAAUUGUCUGCUAGCAAUUUGGAUUUAACAGUUUCGAUACUUACAAUGGGUUAUUGGCCAACAUAUCCGGUAAUGGAAGUAACAUUACCUCCGGAAAUGGUUCAGUACCAAGAUGUAUUUAAUAAAUUCUAUUUGGGAAAACAUAGUGGUAGAAAAUUACAGUGGCAACCUACAUUGGGACAUUGUGUACUCAAAGCUUGGUUUAAUCAGGGUAACAAAGAGUUUCUAGUGUCAUUAUUUCAAGCAUUGGUGUUGCUUCUAUUUAAUGAUGCUGAUAAUUUAUCUCUGGAAGAUAUAAAAGCAGCAACUAAUAUAGAAGAUGGUGAACUAAGAAGAACUUUGCAAUCUUUAGCUUGCGGAAAAGCUAGAGUGUUACAGAAAAAUCCAAGAGGAAGAGAUGUUGGAGAUAAUGAUAGAUUUGUAUUUAAUGCAGAUUUUACAAAUAAAUUAUUUAGAAUAAAAAUAAAUCAAAUUCAAAUGAAAGAAACGAACGAAGAACAGAAAGCUACAGAAGAAAGAGUCUAUCAGGAUAGGCAAUAUCAAAUAGAUGCAGCUAUUGUCAGAAUUAUGAAAAUGAGAAAAACGCUCACGCACAAUCUAUUGAUUAGUGAACUAUAUAAUCAGUUAAAGUUCCCUGUAAAGCCUGCUGAUUUGAAAAAACGAAUUGAAUCUCUUAUAGAUAGGGAUUACAUGGAACGAGAUAAAGAUAAUGCAAAUGAAUACAACUACGUUGCGUAACCUGAAUCAAAUGCCAAAGUCAUUUCAGACUGGGUGGUCAUUAUGUGUUUGCCUAUUGUGAAUGUGACAUGUUACAGAAGAAAAACGAGAAACUUAAAACUGGCUAAAUGUCGGCACGAUGUUGCGGCAUAUAUUCAGUUGUUAAAAAAAUUAGAGUGUACAUCAUUGUUUUGGUUUUUAUAGUGCGCAAUGAAUACUGGACAAUUGAGACCUUUUUUUAAACAGUGUUUUAUCGUUAGUAUUCUUGUGUUGUUUCUGGAGUUUGCUAAAAAAAGGACCAUCUGCAAAAUGUUUUCAAUGGUACAGCAUUUAAAAUGUAUCAACAGUUUUUCACGGCAUAUUAAAGAUUUAAGAAGAUAAUACAGUAAUAAUAUCCUAAGAAAAAAAAUGCGAAAUAUCGUUUGGCAUAAGUGAUCAGGAACGCGUUAUUUAUAACAACAUGAAAUAGUGUACUGUGAACGUUGAACGCAGUGAUUACUGACAUUGUUUUAAACAAGUGAAAAACAUUAAAAAAUAAAAAUUCAUACAUUGAGAAUAAUA